CUAAACGUGAAGCUAAUCCCGAAGCUGAACCACAUUACUACGGAGGCUACGGUUACCCGUACGGACACCUCUAUGCCCCACACGCCUACUCGUACGUCCGCACCCAUGGCAUCGGCAAGAGGGAAGCUGAGGCCGAACCAGAGCCUCACUACGGAGGUUAUGGCUAUGGCCUUUACCGUCCCUAUGGUUAUGGCCUCUACCGUCCAUUUGGCUACGGUCUUUACCGACCUUUUGGCUAUGGAUAUUAUGGCUGA